AAAGCACAAAAAGAUGUGAUCCAUAUGUUGAAAUUAUUGUUGCUAAUUGCGAAAUAAACACAAGUCAUGAACGUGCCAGUUCAAUGACACUUUUUUUCAAUAAUUUUUCAGAAAAACGCAGUCAUGGCCGCGAAUUGGUCCGGUUUAAAUCGAGGAACUGUUCAAUUGGUUAGAAAUCUGCUUUCCCGCUUGGAAAUUCCUGUUUUUGCACUUCAAGGUCAAUUAUCAGCAUUAACGACAAUUCCUCGCAAGAACUUGCAUGUCUCGACGAUGCGUUUCAGUUCGAAUACUAAUAUGGCUGCACUACUCCAGAAGAACAUUUGGGAGACGGAUCCCGAACUGUUUGAAAUAAUGAAAAAGGAGAAAAAACGCCAAGAAUCUGGACUGGAAAUGAUUGCGAGUGAAAAUUUCACAUCCUUGAGUGUACUUCAGUGCCUUGGUUCUUGCCUUCAUAAUAAGUACAGUGAAGGUCUUCCUGGCCAAAGAUAUUAUGGUGGAAAUGAAUACAUAGAUCAAGUAGAACUCUUGGCUCAGAAGCGAUCGCUGGAAGCAUUUAAAUUGAAUCCUGAUGAAUGGGGAUGCAAUGUCCAACCAUAUUCUGGAAGUCCAGCUAAUUUUGCAGUCUACACAGGACUGAUAGAACCCCACGGGAGAAUAAUGGGUCUUGAUCUUCCGGAUGGUGGUCAUCUUACCCAUGGUUUCUUCACUGCAAACAAGAAGAUUUCAGCAACCUCUAUCUUUUUCGAAUCGAUGCCAUACAAAGUGGAUCCAAAGACUGGUUUGAUCGACUACGACAAACUGGCAGAGCAAGCUCGUCUCUUUAAACCUAAAAUCAUCAUCGCAGGUGUCUCUUGUUACAGUAGAUGUUUGGAUUACAAGCGUUUUAAAGAAAUUGCGACAGAAAAUAACGCUUAUCUAUUCAGUGAUAUGGCUCAUGUAUCUGGUUUGGUAGCCGCUGGUGUUAUUCCAAGUCCAUUUGAAUACAGCGAUGUCGUUUCUACAACCACACACAAGACUUUGAGAGGUCCACGUGCUGGUGUUGUCUUCUUCCGGAAAGGCGUGAGAAGUGUCGGGAAGAAUGGCGAGAAGAUAAUGUACGAUUUGGAGAGUCGAAUCAAUCAGGCAGUAUUUCCAGGUCUUCAAGGAGGUCCACACAAUCAUGCGAUCGCAGGAAUUGCGACGACAAUGAAACAAGCGACAACCGCAGAAUUCCAGGAUUAUCAGAAGCAGGUAGUCGCAAAUGCCAGGAUACUUUGCUCGGGACUUCAGGCUCGCGGAUAUAAAAUCUCGACUGAUGGAACGGACGUUCAUAUGAUUCUGGUGGAUCUCAGAGCGAGCGGAAUUUCGGGCGCUAAAGCUGAAAAAAUUCUCGAGGAGAUUUCAAUAGCUUGUAAUAAAAAUACAGUUCCGGGUGAUAAAAGUGCCCUGAAUCCGAGUGGAAUCAGACUUGGGACUCCGGCUUUGACAACUCGCGGUUUGAAGGAGGAGGAUAUUUGCCAAGUUGUGGAUUUCAUAGAUAGAGGCUUGAAAUUUGCAAAGGAAGUGAUGGCAUCUUCUGGGCCGAAACUCGUCGACUACAUAAAAGUUCUGGAAACUGAUGAUGUCGUUAAACAAAAAGUUGCGUCACUCCGCUCCGAAGUCGAGAAGUUCUCAAAACAAUUUUCAAUUCCUGGCUAUGGAGACUACUGAAUUAUCUAAAUGAAGAAAAGGAGGCGUACCAGUAUUCUUGAAUCCGUGCUGAAAAAGUCCAUUAAACAGAUAAAUCCCGAGAAAAAAUAUAUUCCAGAAAAGAACCUUCGAAAUAUUCCUAUUGAAAAUUAGGAAUCAGUUAUUCCGAUUGCAGUAGUUGAAGAAGCGAGGAGUUGGACACUUUAUUUAGUUGAAUUGCUUGGAAUUUAUAUUUUUAUAAAAUUCGUUGAUAAAUAAAUGAGAAGAAACUUAUUUUCCAA